AUGGUUGCAACAUCAAUAUUUGAUAAUGGUCCAGAAAUUGAAUUUCCAUCUGAAAUUAUGUGUUCUCAAUUUCAUCCUACUAUUCCAAAUCUUUUCUUAGCCGGUGCUAUAUCAGGACAUCUUCAUUGGAUCAAAAUAAAUGAUGAUGAAACUGAACAAUCUAUGACUAAUGAACGUUCAAUGAAAGUUCAUAAGAAAUCAGUUCGGUCUAUUGAAUUAACACCGGAUGGUCAAUCGAUUAUAACUGUAUCAAAAGAUAAAUCUAUUAAACUACGAUCAAUAGAAACAGGAAAAAUGAUUACAAAAUAUACACGAGCACAUGAUUCUCCGAUAAAUUGUUUAUGUAUUGUUGAUAAUUGUGUAUUAGCAACUGGUGAUGAUGAUGGUUGUGUUAAAUUAUGGGAUUAUAGACAAAAAAAAUCAUUAGCCGAAUUUCAUGAUUGCGAUGAUUAUAUUAGUGAUUUAACUUGUGCAAAUGAUCGACGAACAUUACUUACAACGAGUGGUGAAGGAACAUUGACGGUUUAUAAUGUUCGAAAGAAAAAAUUACAAAUACAAUCAGAAUUAAUGGAUAGUGAUUUAACAGGUUGUCAAAUUAUUAAAGAUGGUACUAAAGUUGUAUGUAGCACAAUGGAAGGUGUUUUAUAUUUUUUUAAUUGGAAAGAAUUUGGUAAUAUGUCUGAUCGAUUUCCUGGUCAUCCAGGUGGAAUUGAAUGUCUUGUAACUCUUGAUCAAUCAUCGAUUGUUACCGGUUGUGAAGAUGGAAAAAUUCGUGCUCUUAGUCUUUAUCCUCAUCGAAUAAUAUCUGUUACUGGUCGUACAUGUACAAUGCCAACUCAAACAUUAUCUACAUCAUGUAAUACAGAUUAUCUUAUUGGUUCAUCAACAUCACCAGAAACUUUACAAUUAAUUGAUUCUAAAGAAUUAAAAAUAAUAUUAAAUAAGAAGAAAAAGAAAAGUGGAAAACGAGAAGAUAAUGCAUUUUUUGCUGAUUUAGAAGGUAAUGAACAAGAAGAAUUAGAUGAUCAACAACAAGAUUCAAAUGAUGAUGAUGAUGAUGAUGAUAGUGAUAGCGAUGAUGAUAGUGAUAGUGACGAAGAUACGAAAAAACCACCAAAGAAAAAGAAAAAAAAAGCUCAUUUUUAA